CUUCUCUUCUCCCCUCAUAUACACCACCAAACCUAACAGACCCUACAAGAAUACACACACAACCAUGAGCAACUUUCCGGAUUACUAUGCUCUCCUCAGGGUCUCGGAGACGGCCACAACGGAGCAGAUUCGUGAGGCCUACAAGCGGGAAGCACUGAGGACACACCCGGACAGGACCACAAACAUUGGUGGGCCUGAUGGAGCACCCCUGUCGAAGGAGGAGGCCACCGUUCUUUUUCAACAGGUCGCAGAUGCAUACUAUGUGCUAUCAAGUCCACAGAGACGACGGGAAUACGACAAUGCGAGACGAUCACGGAACAGUGCCUCGAGAAGCAACUGGUCGUCGUCGUCGGCACAUCGUGCAGAGCCCGAUUCGGUCUUUGGAGGCGUUUUUGAGGAGCUGCUUCGGCCCGAAGUCCAGAACCCGACCAAUUUCUAUUCGCCCCUUGGCAUGGCCUCAGGCGCUGCACUCGGAUUCAUCUGUGGAGGCGUCCCUGGAGCCCUGCUCGGUGGCUACGGAGGCAAGACGCUGGGAAGGAUCAGGGAUCAGAAGGGCGUUAGUGUUAUCGAGGCAUUCGGGCGGUUGGAACACGCUCACAAGGCCGCCGUUAUCGCCUCACUCGCCGCUAAAAUCUUCCAUAGUCUCAAAUAACAUCGACACGAUGCACAUGGACGAGAACAAAGAGGAGGUGUCAUUUAGCUAUACUCAUUGGAUUGAAUAUAAAAGUAGGCUUUCUAUCGUCGACCUAUUCUCGCUUGAAAAAGGUCGUAUUUAUGGAUACAACUCCCAUGACAGAGUGAUAGAGUAUUUUAAACAGAUACAACACCAUGACAGAAUGUUUUUAUGACAUUUGUGAACCCUCAAAGACAUGAGGUUAAUUCUGGGACCAUGACAGUGAUUUUUCUUUUUUUUGUCUUUUGCGAGCAAGGGCCUGUGCAACAAUUACCAUACCAC